CAGGUGAGGGUUAAAGACACACCUCAGCGAUGUUCUGGCAGCUGCGCCAACUAAUCGGGAGUCUUCUACAUUAGAUUAGAGAUCCCUCCUGAUCCUGAUAACAGAACAAGAGGAAAACUGCGUGUUUUUCAGCAGCUUUAUUUUCUUCUCUUAUUUCGCCGAAUUUCUGUGUUUUAUUCCUUAGUGCCGAACGCGCGCGCGCGCGCGUGUGUUUAAGGAGACGGACGGGCUUUGUGCAUUUUGUGAGUAUUAGUCUGUAUACAAUGGCUUGUCUGCGCAUUGCUGUGUGUUGCAGUUGUGUGUUUUUGCUCCUGAUACACACUUCGAUUCAGAGCUGCAGUAAAGACUUUAAAAAAGGCCGAGGAGGGUUUGUGUUAAACACAGAGGAGAGUGUGGCGGAAGGAGCGACUUACGUCUCCAACCCCAGUGUCGGGACACCGGAGGCCUGUCUGAGCGCGUGCUGUCGGCACUCCCAGUGUAAUCUGGCACUGAUACAGACAGGACCGGAAGAAGACCUACUCACAAACUGUUUCCUGUUCGACUGUCUUUACCGAAAUCGGUUCGUCUGCAGCUUCUCCAAGAAAUCCGGAUUCAUUACAUACAUCCGGGAGGCGGUUUAUGAGAGACACCUGCGCGGUCCGGGGGGAAAAUCUGGAGAAGAGGAUAAACAUCCAAUAGCUAUCGCAGGACCUGACGUUGUGACCAGAGCUGGAGAAGAAGUUGCUUUGAACGGCAUUGAAAGCUGGGAUGACCGAAAUAUCACCAAAUACGAGUGGACACUUCUGAGUGGAGAUCGUACUGUUGUGAUUACGGAAACACAGUAUGCAGAUCAGAGACUGCUGCUGAACCUUCAUCCUGGAGUUUAUCGUUUUCAGCUCACUGUCACUGAUUCAGCUGGACAGUCAGACAGUGCAUCUGUUACCGUGCUCGUCCUCACACAAGCGCAAUCUGAGGUUCACUGUUUGAACCCGAUGAAGGUGGGUCCGUGUCGUGGCUCUUUCCCUCGCUGGCACUUUAACGCUGCAUCAAAUGUGUGUGAGCUGUUCACAUACGGAGGAUGUAAACAAAACAACAACAACUACUUGUCACAGCAGGAGUGUUCAGAUGCCUGUAAAGGCACCACAGUGAUUCCUGGGAGCAGAAAAAUUAAAACAGAAGUGUGUAACUCUUCGUGUGAGGAAGGUCAGUUUGUGUGUUCCAGUGGCUGUUGUAUAGACAGUAGUGUGGAAUGUGAUGGACAGCCACAAUGCAGUGAUGGAUCAGACGAAGAAAACUGCCAACACAUGAACAGGACUUUGUCUCAGUUACUGGAGAUCAGAGUGAAUGAGGAGAAAACUCGAUGUGUUGAUCCUCCUGUUACUGGGCCAUGCAGAGCGAGUAUGCCACAUUGGUUUUACGACCCGUUGAAACAGACUUGCUUUCGCUUCACAUACGGAGGAUGCGCUGGAAACGGAAACAGAUUUGAGAAGAAAGACGACUGCAUGAACAUCUGCGCAGGAGUGACGGAAAGUGAUGUCUUUGCAAAAGGGCUGUUUGAUCGAGUGGAAGAAGUAAAGGAACCUCACAAAGGUUCUGUUGCUACUGGAGUCCUCAUCGUGUUGGUGAUCUUGGCUGUGAUUGGUCUGGCUGGUUGCUAUUUCAUGAGAAACAGGAAGAAGAAGUCAGAGUCUCAGCGCGUUCCAACCACAGCAAAUCCACCAGUAGCUGUAACUGAGGAUUCACGCACACUGAUCUAAAUAUUUGCAGACACACAGACACACUUUGGAUGGGCAUAUGAAUUGUGAUUUUGUAGUGCGAGUUACUGUUUGUGUAAAUGUGCAUAUAGAAUUGUGUGUGUGUGACCGCGUGUGUGUGUGACCGCGUGUGUGUGUGACCGCGUGUGUGUGUGACCGCGUGUGUGUGUGACCGCGUGUGUGUGUGACCGCGUGUGUGUGUGUGACCGCGUGUGUGUGUGUGACCGCGUGUGUGUGUGUGACCGCGUGUGUGUGUGUGAACGCGUGUGUGAACGCGUGUGUACGUGAACGUGUGAACGUGUGUGUGUGUGUGAGAACGUGUGUGUGUGUGUGUGAACGUGUGUGUGUGUGUGUGAACGUGUGUGUGUGAACGUACGUGUGUGUGUGAACGUACUGUACGUAUGUGUGUGAACGUACUGUACGUAUGUGUGUGAACGUACUGUACGUGUGUGUGUGAACGUACUGUACGUGUGUGUGUGAACGUACUGUACGUGUGUGUGUGUGAACGUACGUGUGUAUGUGUGAACAACACUAACAGAAGGGUGUGUGUGAACAACACUAACAGAAGGGUGUGUGUGAACAACACUAACAGAAGGGUGUGUGUGACCCUAACAGAAGGGUGUGUGUGACCCUAACAGAAGGGUGUGUGUGACCCUAACAGAAGGGUGUGUGUGACCCUAACAGAAGGGUGUGUGUAACACUAACAGAAAUGUAUGUGACCCUAACAGAAGUGUGUGUGUGUGUGUGACCCUAACAGAAGUGUGUGUGUGUAACCCUAACAGAAGGGUGUGUGUAACCCUAACAGAAGGGUGUGUGUAACCCUAACAGAAGGGUGUGUGUAACCCUAACAGAAGGGUGUGUGUAACCCUAACAGAAGGGUGUGUGUAACCCUAACAGAAGGGUGUGUGUAACCCUAACCCUAGGGUUAGCACCUAUAAUGUGUUUUUUAAUCAUCAUACAUUUAGCUUUUUAUUUGAAGUUGUGUAAAUAAUGUUUUGAUGAUUUUCAGCUUUGUUGUUAUUGAUGUUUUUGUCUGAUUUGUUUCUCUCAGGUUAGGUUUCUUUUUCUUAUUUUUCAGAUUAUGUUUAUAAUGUCUUUUAUAAAACUAUUAUACCAUUUUAUACCUUUGUUUAAAUGUGUACUAAUAAAGGGAAUUUUACAAACAUAAAUAUCACAGUUAUACUGGUAUAUAAUUAUAUGGCAUUAAAAGAAGGGAAUAUUAUAAAAUACUUUUUAAAGUGAAAUUCAUGAUCCAUCUGUGAAAAUAUUCAUGGGAUAUUAUUGUGUUUGCAGAGUUGUUCUUUGGGGUCUUGUGGCAUGUAGAUUAAUGUAAUGUGGGGUAAAGGGGCAGGGCUUGUUAGACAGACAGGUGGCGGUCAGAGGGAUCAGGGGCAGAUUUGAGAGACCGGUUCCUGUUCUAAUCCUAUUCUAAUCUCAGAGAAUGUUAGUGGUGUUAAUUGAUGAAAUGUUAAAUAUAAAUAAAAAGUCUUUUUACAGA